AUGGAUAUUCCCACACAAGCAGUGACGUUUAUAAAAGGCGCGAUUGAUUCUUCUGACUCUAUUUUAGUCCGUGAGUUUUGUCGUGAAUUUGGUAUUCCGACUGAAUUUCGCCUCCAGAUAUGGAACAUGUUUCUUCAGCCCAAGAAGGAGUUUGUAGAGACCAAAAUUCCGAUAACUGCCGUGAAGUAUCGACCACAGUGGUACAAUUUCAGUAGUACUGAACAAGAGGAAGCUGUUAAAAUUGCAUUAAGUAUUCAACCUGUUCAAGUCCAACCUUUUUUUAAUGGGAUAGUAGAUAUAGCUGCCGUGGUUGUCAAACUUUUUCCACGCGAGAGUGAAGAACUUCUUUGUGGGAUGACGAAGUCUUUGCUCUAUAAAUUUCAACCGUUUUACAAAUACUUAGACUCAGUCAUAGUGACUGGGUUACAGAACUUGAUCCACAUGCUCUUUUUAUAUCAUGACCCGUUACUUUCACUACACCUUGAUAUGUAUCGAAUUGAACCCAAUGAAUAUACUAACUACUUUGGCUUUAAUUUGUGUAUGGGGAUGUGCACUGAAUUUAAUGAUUUAAUCAAACUGUGGGAUGAGUUCAUAACAUUUCCAGAUACUACAUUAUACGUAUACUGUAUUGUGGGAUACCUCAUAUAUCUCAAAGACGACUUUUUAGACCAAGAAACUAAUAAAAGUGGAGCAAGUGCAGUGAGGAAGGUCAUUGGGAAGAAAUUAAGACGAGAAGAAGUGAAGACUGUAGUUGCGUGUUCUAAAGCUAUUAGACUGUCGACGGUGUCUUCUUUCAAUAGAACACUUCUUGGGGUCAUGAACAAUUUGGAGAGUUAUAAACAAGUCUUUUCAAAGUCAUUGAACUCUUCACUGUUUUUGACGACGUUUCCCGGAGACGUUAUUAACGACACGACGGGAAGACAAAUUCCGUUUUUGUUUAUCGACUGUCGCCGACAAGAAGCGUUUGAGAUGGGGAGUAUAUUGGCUGCAAUUAAUAUGGAUUAUCUAAGGAGACAAAGAGAGUCAAAGUACGUCGACAAUGUCUUCAAAAAUGAACUCUCCGUACUAACACAAAAUAACUCGACGUUUCAUGUUGUCUUAUUUGGCGAUGGAGAAAGAGUUUCUGGAGUGCCCGAUAUUAGUGAGUUGAGUAUGAUUGGGUUAGACUUUGUCAAAAGAGGAGUCAAACGUGUUUCUAUUAUGAAUCAAGGAUAUGUCAAAUUCCAUAAAAACGCGUUAGAUGGAGUGAAAGGAUUUCAAUUGAUGAACCACGACCCAACUACAUGUUCUUUCUGUUUGACUGGGAAACCUAUCGAUUUUGAAAAGAAGGAACAACCUAAAGAACAGUUCGCACCACAUAAAUUCGACCACCAGCGAGCUCUCAGUUUCACACAGACUAUUGCUAACAAAACGAUUGAAAGAACUCAACACAUCACCAACGAUUUGAUGGAAUUCUUGUAUGGAACUCCACAGAAGAAACAAGAGAAGAGAAUUGACUUGAAGAUUCCACAAAAGAAUGACAUGAAAAAUGAGUUACAAAUAGACCCAGUUCUUCAGCACAAAGUAACCGAAAUACCAAAGAAAGAAGAAGUAAAAACAGUUCAACUGUUCGACAUUCCGAACUCAUCACAACUUGAAACGCCAAAGACAACCAAACAAAAUGAAGAAGAUGACGAUGACACGUAUUUGAAAGAGUUAAUCGCAGAGUCGUCACAGUACGACUCGUUCUUAGACGUCAGUGCAAAUGAUGAGCCAAAUUGGAAACCGGUCAUAACAGUGCUCACAACAAUAUCCAUACUAAUAGUAGAGAAACGUGGCGACAACUUCUCGUUGCUCGAAGAUAUCAGUUUUGAGAAUAUCACCAAAGUAGUAAUGAAGAAGUCCGAGCCCGAGAAAUUUUCAAUAGUCUAUGGAGCGGAAAAGUGCACGAUUAAAGUACCUGGAAGCUAUACCCGGUUUGUUGAAGAGAUCACAAACAUGCAACAAUAA